AUGUUUUCAGAUUUGAUUGAUCAAUUUAGACAAACUUAUCAAAAUAAAUACUUAACACUCUCUGAAUUUUCUAAUAUCUUGGAUCAAUAUGCCAGAUUAGAUAUCAGAUGUGAUUUAGAUGAUAAUGUCAAAGAAUAAUUGUAUAAGUUUAUUAAAGAGAAACAAUAAAAUGUAACAUAUUGUGCACGUAAGAAUAAAUCCAUAUUGCAUAGUUGAGACUGUCAUAAUUGAAUUCUUAUUAUAAUAAGAUGUUAUUCAACCUAAAUCUUAAAUCAAUCUUGAUUCUCUUGGUAAAUGUGCUCGUAAAUUGCCUUUAGAUAUGUUGCAAAGUAUUACAAAUGAUUUUCUUUUGCAAUUCAAAAAUUUCUAUAAGCUUGUAGCAAAUAAAUAUGUUAGUAUUGUUGAUUAUAGAGAAUUAGAAAGAUUAGGUAAGGAAUUAUAGAGAACUAUUAAAAUUAAUUCUCUUGAAAUUCUGAGAUUUAUUCAACCAUUAGUUGAUAAUCAAUCUAAAGUUAAAAUUGAUGAAAUCCUUGAAUUAUCUAAUGAUCUUGAAAAAUUACUUUAUGAAUAAAAUAGAAGAUAAUCUAAAGGCCCUGAAACAAAAAGACCAAUUGCACUUGAUUAAUCAGCAGAUGAUAAUCAUUAUACUAGUGAAGAUGAAAAUUUAAAAUAAAAUAAUUUUAUUAGCAAUGCAUCUAUUGAACGCAAAAACUUAACAAAUCUUAUUUAUUAAUAGACUGAUUUAAUUAAAUAGAAGUUUAUUAAUAAAGCAGGUCUUCCUUGUCUUAGUGAAAUUAAUAAAACUACUUAAUGCAUUGAAGCUUUGAUUGCUAAUUUAAUUAAAGAAGUUGAUGUUAAGACAAAAAAGAUUGAAGAAUUGAUUAUUGAAAAAGAAUUGACAUCAGGUUCAUUAUAAUAAUUUGAAAUUGAAAUACAAAAUAAAGAUUAAUAGAUUUAAUUAUGUUUAUAAGACAAUGAUAUGUUUUAAAGUUAAAUAAAUGUAAAUUUUAAUAUUAUUUUAUAGUAAAUAUUGGAUUAAAACAAAGAAUUAAAAAUUCAAUUAAAUGUUUAUAAUGAAGAAUUGAAAAGUAUAACUAGAUUAGAGACAGAGUUAAAAGAAAUGCAAAUAGAGAAUAAAAAUAACAAAGAUUAAUUAAUUAAGAUGAAUAAGGAGAAUAGUAGAUUGUAAUUAAAUAAUAAAUCAUUAAUGGGAAUUAUAGAAGAAUUAGAGAGCAAAUCUUUAUAGAAUAAAGAUGUAGACAUUCUAAAAAAAUCGUUAGAAUAACAUAAAGAAUAAAUAAAUGAAUUAGAAAUAAAAGUUGAUGAGUAAUUUAUUAUAAAAAUAAAUAGUUUAUAGAUAUAGAUCUAAUAAUUAGAGGAUUUGAAUUAGGAUUAUGAGAAAGCUAAGGAAGGACUUGAACAAUAAAUAAUAGAAUUGAAAAGAGAAUUAACAUAUUAUAAGAAGAUGCUUGAGAAUACAAAUAUAGAAAAUUAAUAGUUGAGAAAUAGUUUUAUGCCUAGAACAAGUAUAUUGAAUUCUUAAUAAAUGAAUGGGGGAGGAUUUGGUAGAUUGAGUAAAAUGUCGAUUGGAGGGGGAUUGACAUCUUCAAAAAUAUUCAUAAUUGGACGUAAUUCAUCAUAAAGAGUGUCUUCAAUUAGAGGAAAUUAAUAAGCUAUGUAUGGAAGCAAUUUCAAUCCUUUAGAAGAAAUUUAAAGUGUUCCUUUAAAAAUAGAGGAAGCUUAAGAUUUAGAUGAUUAAAAUCCAGAUCAACAAAAUAAUAAUAAUAAAUAAAUAUAGAUACAAAGUAGGAUUGGUGCAAGAAUUAAUUUAAAAUAUGAGAAUAGUAUAGUUGAAGCAAUUAAAGAAGAAAAUGAAGAUAAAGAAUAAGUUUUCACAGUUUCUUAAAAACCUUAAGAAAAUUAACUUUUAUAAUAAUUUGAUAAAUUUUUGGGAGAGUUAGGAACUAAAAAUUUAGAAGAAUUAGCAACUGAUUCAUAAUGUAUUAAGAUUGAUGAAAAUAUUUUGUAUUAUAGAGAUUUUUUGGGAAUAAGAGAUGAUCCUAAAGCAUUGGAGUAUUUGAAAUUGGAAAAGAAUAUAUAUAAAUAAAUAAUUUAGAGAUGUUUUUCUGAUGGUGUAUAUAGAAUUGAUGCAAAAGGAAAAAAAGCAAGAAGAAUUCUAUUUUUGACAGAGCAUACAUUUUAUAUUUUUGAAGGAGAAAAAAAGCCUGGAAAAUUGUCUAGAUCAUUUCCAUUAAAAAAUAUACAUACUUUGAUUUUUUCAGAGGUGAGGAUUUCAAAAUAUAUCUAAGGCUUCACCUGUCAUUUGUUGUAUCAAAGUAGCAGGUUCUGAUGAUUAUUUAAUAGAAACAUUUAAAAGAAGUGAAUUAAAUUCAUUUUUGACUGAAAUAUUUGCUUCAUAUAAGAUACCAUUAUUUUAAGUAGAAUUCAUAUCUUAAUUUAAAAUAAAAUUUAAAGGAGUAAAAGAUGAAAUCCCAAUUUCUUAAGUGAUUAAAAAAUAAACCAAUUAAGAUUAAGGAACAACUCCAACUUAUAAAGUGAGUUCUAAAUAAGGAUUAUAUUCAUAGAAUAUGGGAUGGUUGUAGAUAUUUAAAAAGAAAAUGUUUUAAGGUGAUUGGUAAGAAGUCUUUGUAAUCUUAACAAAUGUUGGAUUAGUGUUAUUUAAGAAACCUGGUGAUGCAGAACCUAUAUUAUUCAUAUCAUUUGUUGAAGCUAUUGUAAUUAAGAAUCCUUCAUUUGAAACUAGUAAAUAAUACAUAAUUAAAGUAAAAAUAUCCUUUAAAUAGAUUCGAUAUGAAAAUUGUGAUUCGGAAUUCGUGUUUAAUGCUACUUCAGCAAUUCUUUUAGAUCAAUGGCAUGAUGCAAUUUAAAAUGCAAUUAUAGAAUAAGUCAAAUAAAAACUUUAGUAUAUGGUACAUUAGUAAAAACAAGUAGUAGAUCAUAGAACUUAGACAAUGAUGGAUUAAUCAGAAAGUCAAAAUCACAAUAAUAAAUUGAGUUGA